GUAAAGCUAGACGUGUACUUACAACGUUGUUAUGUAGUUUCAUCAGAAUCGAGAAUCGCGCGUUUACAACUUCACACAGAAGUCACAGAUAACCAGCGUCCGUUAUCAGUUUAAUUGUUUAACACUAAGUGAUGUAUUCGAGAUAUAAUGUCGUCGGAUUUAAUGUUUGUGAAUUCAUCGCUGAUGAAUAAGGAAGUGGAGGAAGAUAUUUACAUAGAUCAGGAUGGAGAGUGGGACAUCAGUUUGUUUGAUGACCUGGAUGGUCUUGGGGAAGCUGAUGAGCUCUUGGAGGCACUGGUGGAGAGUGUCGGCUAUGAAACCUAUACACAAGACCUGAAAUUGGACAAUGAUGGCUGGAGAGAAAAUGUCAGCCCUCGAUCAGACGGUGAUGUAACAGUGGACUCACUCUCACCCAACCACACGCCUAGUUCAGUGUCCUCACCAGCAUCAGUGGAGCCCCAAUCACCAUACUCUGCACUUGAUGAAGCGCUGUCUCCAUUGUCCUGGCAUUCUCAGCCCUCCCCGCUGUCUGUCUGUUCUGACUCAAGCGGUUGUGCUGAGCCACCCAUUGAGAAGAAGCCACCCAAAAGGACCAAUCAGGCCACAGAAGCAAAGCCUGUCCAUUUAUCUAAGAGACCCAUUCAUAUGGCUUCCAUACAGCCUAAACCGUUCAUCACUGCGGUGCCCAUCUCCCAUGCUGCAGCCCCUCUUCAGGCUAAGACCAUUAUCAUCCAACCUCUCCAGACUACAGUUCUACCUGUGGUGAAACCUCCACAUGUCACAAUUCAGCCAGCACCCCCUGCAGGUCGACCAAUGUUGUUAUCUCAACCCACUCAGGUUGUCCAGCUCCAGGUGCCUCAGGCAGUAGCCACACGUGUGGUCACAGUGCCAACACUGGACAGACCUGCUUUUGUUGUUGCCCCGGUAACAGCUACUCCAGUGGUCCACAUGAUACCUGAGGAUGAUUCGAGUGUGUCUAGGAGGCAACAACGCAUGAUAAAGAACAGAGAGUCUGCGUCUCUAUCUCGGAAGAAGAAAAAGGAGUACUUGCUGAUGCUGGAGGCCCGACUGAAGGUGGCGCUGUCAGAGAACAAGAGGCUGAAAAAUGAAAACGGCACAUUGAAAAGACAAGUAGAUGGCCUGAUGAGUGAGAACUCCGUACUGCAGGCAACAGCUCCAAAAAGGAGGGCUGUGUGCCUUAUGGUGGUCCUGGUCUUCCUGGUCUUUAAUUUGGGUCCAAUGAGUUUGUUAGGAGGAGACUGGGGGUCAACCUUUCCUGCAGCACCUGCAUUCAAUGGCAGACACCUGCUGGGUUUUUCACCAGAGUCAGAGAGAAACAUGGAGUCAAACAGGCCUGAGACUGAUCCAUCUAACACUGUGAACAGGUUGGAGGAUGUGGCAUCAGAACAGAAGGCUCUGAUGGUGGUGAAGAAGGAUCCUCUGUAUUUCAGAACUCCACCUCCCUGCCAGCCACCCGUCAACAGGACCAAGUGCAUGAAGAUAGCACAUGAUCUGAGGGGCUGGGUACAUCGGCAUGAGGUUGAGCGGACCAAAACCCGCCGCAUGAGCAACACCCAGCACAGGGGCAGAACCAUUCCGAAAGCAACCGAGAAAAGGGCAGAGGUGCAGCAGAUAGUGACACAGAUCCAGUACACAGAUUCCUCUGAAAAGAAUCCCAGCAGUGAGCUGCAGGUGUACUACGCCCCUCACCGCACAUACAAUGACUUCUUUGAUGAACUCAACAGAAGGGGGGACACAUUCUACGUGAUCUCGUUCCGCCGGGAUCACCUUCUCCUUCCUGCCACCAACCACAACAAAGGAAGCCGACCCAAAAUGUCUGUUGUGCUGCCAGCUAUGAAUUACAAUGAGAGCGUUAUAAAAGACAAAGAGUUUGAGGUGAUGAUGCAAAUCGACUGUGAAGUCAUGGACACCAGGAUCCUCCAUAUCAAGUCAUCUAGUGUUCCACCCAUCUUGCGUGCCAAUCAGACGGACACAGACUCUUUCUAUCACUCAACCCCCAGCAACAACCAGCCUGCUCCCCCUGUUGGAGUCCUCGUGGGUUCUUAAUUCCAGAAACCCACUAACUACAAAAAUGUAUCUUGUCAUAUUGUCGUUUCUCAUCAUCAUUUAUUUUGUUUGUUUUUGGUGGCUGUUUUUGUCAGACUGGCAAACCAGAAUCUGUUUGAGUACUACCAAGAUUAAUUAACUGGGACAGAAAACUGAAUAUGAAGUCACCACAUCAAAAUGCAUAUGCACAAAGUGUGCCAUUCAAUACAAAAGUCAGAACAUUCCAGGGCAUUUUUCCCCCCCAAAGACUGCUGUUACCUUGCUGAUCUGGCUUGAUUGAUUAAAAUGUUAGUUUAUUUCCAAAACAUUUUUUUUUUUUUUUUUUUAUGUUCUCCAAGCAGACACACAAUUACAAUUAAUGUUCAGUCAAUUUUAAGAUGUCUUUAUUGAUGUCAUGGUUCAGUUGCAUUUUCAAUUUAUUUCUCUGCUAUACGUGGGAGCGGUCAGAAAUGUCGCACUGUGCUUACGUUGCUUUGUAAAAUGACUUGAAAUGAAUAUUUAUGAAGCUUACAUUUUUGUACCAAGCUUGUUUGGUACACAUUUAAGGCUCAUAAUCUUUAAUACUACUAUUCUCAAAGAACCGGCCCUGGCAGUUAUUCUUAGUUGCCGCUUGUGAAUUGAAAAUUGUGUUAAAAUGCAUUUACCCUUUUAACUCACUUCUCAUAAUUGAAUUGAAAAGCUUCUUCUCAUUCAGGACACUGCUCUAAAUAUAUUUCCAAAAAAGAGUGCAAAAGAAGAAAUAUUAUGGUGUUAUAAUAAUCCCUCUGCCUUCGCUUCGAAUGUUUGAGUUAAUAAUUUUAGAUGAAUUCUAACUGCCACAAAUUUAUGCAAAAUCUGUCAAUUCAUUUGAAUACACGUCAGGGCCUCAUAUUUUGCUGUGAGGCUUAAUUGCACUUUAACUGAGGUGCAUUUAUAAAGACAAUUGUUGCCAUAUAACUGGUUGUUAAUUUGAAAAUUUAUAAGAGACAAAUGAGUCAUUGAUUUUGUGCCUCAUCUGUCCUUAUUUACUGUGUAUUUGUGUCCAUUAGUCUGGCUUAUUUAGAGGUUUGCAUCUUUUUCUCUUGUUCAGGAUGUUGUAGUUGGUUCUCAAAUGCCCUAUUCCCUUAAACAACAUUUUUGGAUUUAAUGUAUUUAAUUUCCGCAGUUUUGGAAAGACUUCUUGUUUGUUCCUGUACACACAGUGACAGAAAGGAAAGGAAUUUUGUAACAAUGCCAAGAAAGAAACACUGGACAAAUACUAGCACAAGUUUGUGGGUGAUUUGUGUAUAUCUUUUGUUUCACGACCCAGGCAUACUGUAGUUCUCUGCAAACUUUUUUUGUAGUAGGAAUAUGUUGGUAUGAAUUUGCUCAUUGAAAUUGAAGGUUUAUGAAAGUAAAGGCUAUGAGGUACAGUAAAGUUCUGAUUGUAGCUCUUUUAAAAAAACGUCAUGGUUACUUUCGUAACGUUGUGUCAAUGUAGUGACACUAGGGGUCACUCUUGGGAGCCCCAAACACUUCUGCUUUUUGAAAAAAGGCCAAUGGGAAUUGGCGAGUGGAAUUUGCAUGCCACUCCCAUGGACAUACGGGUAUAAAAGGAGCUGGUAUACAACCACUCAUUCAGGUUUUGUGCUGAGGAGCCGAGACAAGGUCCUGGCCAUUUCAGCGGGUAGUUCAGUGUUGUGGCAAGUGGGACACAAUGUCUCGUUCCCUCCAUCAGGGAACGGAGGUUAUGAAAGUAACCAGGACGUUCCCUAUCUGUCACUCACUCGACGUUGUGUCGAUGUAGUGACACAAGGGGUCCCUAUACAAAACGCCACAACUAGUUGAACUGUGUUACGUGGACUGGUAGUGUGAGACGGGCAGACCGCUGUGUGCCUCGUAGCCAGCGCACCAGGCUGUCACGUAACCUCCCCCAAUGCUCUUAUGAGCGUCGAACGGUCCUUCGGGAACAAGUCGACUGCCUGACAAAUAGGGACAGGCUAGCCCAGCCGUGGCUUCUUUUCCUCUUUUUUCUCCCCAAAAAGAAUGGAAUUUGUUAACCGACUAGGGGCCAUAAAUGUCUACGUCGGGGGGGUGUCACUCCCAAGGGGAAGACACCGCAGAGACCACACCCCGCCCAGAGAAGGGGGGGUAUUUUGAGUGGAAAUACAUCACAUGGUCUUACCGAGUCUUGUCGGAAGUAUGUCAUGUGGAGAAGUCGCAUGGUAGGUCCUACCCGAGGGAUGAGGAGUUUCAACAAACAUGGUGACCGGGGGCAGAGGGGCCUCUGCCCAAGAAGACGCAGUUUACCAACAGGGAAAUGAUUUAGCGGAAGAUAUCACAUGGGGUCACCUACGGGGAACCAGCACAUGUGGAGCACCUAUCCUUGCACAGGGUCUGUGCAAGUAGGCUCACUGGGGGAAACGCAUAUUUGCGUAAUCCCGGGGGCCAGCUACCUGUGCUCGACCGAAUCGACUCCAAAUCAGCUGGACCACCUGGGGGUGGAGUCUCCACUGUCCCCCGAGCGUAGCCUGUCGUGACAGCGCGUCCGCCGCGGUGUUGAGGUCGCCCGGGAUGUGAGUGGCUCGCAGCGACUUGAGGCACUGCUGACUCCAGAGGAGGAGAUGGCGGGUGAGUUGUGACAUGCAACGGGAGCGUAGACCGCCUUGCAUGUGUUGUCCGUCCGGACCAAUACGUGCUUGCCCUGGAUCAACGGCCGGAACCUCUGCAGGGCGAGCAGUACUUCCAACAACUCGAGACAGUUGAUGUGCCAACGCAGCCGCGGGCCAGUCCAGAAGCCGGCAGCUGUGUGCCCAUUGCAUACGGCGCCCCAGCCCGUCUUGGAGGUGUCCGUCAUAACCAUGACACGCCUGGAGACCUGCUCUAGGGGAAUCUCUGCCUGUAGAAAUGCAAGGUCGGUCCAAGGGCUGAAGAGGUGGUGACAAAUCGGCUUGACGACCACGCGAUGUGUCCCGCGGUGCCAUGCCCAUCUCGGGACUCGAGUCUGAAGCCAGUGCUGAAGCGGUCUCAUAUGCAUCAACCUGAGCGGUGUGGCCACUGCUGAGGAUGCCAUAUGCGUCAGGAGCCUCUGAAAAAGUUUCAGUGGAACCGCUGUCUUCUGUCUGAACGCCUUCAGACAGUUCAGCACCGACUGUGCAUGCUCAUUUGUGAGGCGCGCCGUCAUCGAGACUGAGUCCAACUCCAAGCCGAGAAAAGAGAUGCUCUGAACCGGGGAGAGCUUACUCUUUUCCCAGUUGACCCGAAGCCUCAGUCGGCUGAGGUGCAUGAGCACCAGGUCCCUGUGCGCACACAACACGUAGUGGCGUUCUCGCCCUUCAUCGAGAUGAAGCAGACGCCGCUGAACCUGGGCGGGCACCUGGCGAACUGAAUCGCGUAGCCGAGUCAGACGGUCCGGGUCAGCCAUCGUGAUGGGUUGGAAAGCGCGAGCCAUGUGUUGAAACUCUGGGCGAGGGGGAUCAAGGGGACAAUCACGUCGGAUGUACCGGCGGGUGGGGCCUCGCGGCGGGGUGGAGCCUGAGGCGCCACGUCGAGGGGGGUCGAACCCCGUGGCCGUGCUGAGUCCAGAGACAUCGAAGCACUUACCUGGCUCCUAAUGCCCACCAUAAGAUUGGUCGAGGAGGGGGGAGGAGGAAUAUUGUCCCCACAGUCCGUCGGAACCAACCCGGUGUGGGCAUGUUUGUGCCACAGAUGGGCACACAGCUGGCGGGGGGUACGCCGCUGGAGCGCCAAACCUGCCAAAAUGGGAUGGUGGACGGUGGUCGUGACGACGGCAGUACGCACCUGACAUGUGACCCAAGGAACAAGACUCCCACUCUUUUGUUGAAGUUUUGGGUACUGCAGCCUCUUGGGCAUGCGGUGAAAAAUGAAACAAAAGAUUCUCCUCCCAGCCCUCCACCGGGGGAUGGAGUGGUCUGUCCACCAGCUCCAUUGAAGCGGGUCUCCUCGUCCCUGGGUUGCCCGCCUCAGGGGUGCUUCGAAGUCUUCCUUGGGUUCUUGGUGGCUGGCCGUGAGACGGGUGGCAUCUGCUUCCGGCGGUGGGCUCCACGUCAGGGCCGGGCUGCGGGGGUGGGCUGCGGCGGAGCUGGUGAUGUUGCUGCAGGAGGACACCCUUGAGCAGAUGGGGUGCGGGGUCUUGAGCCGCGCCGGGGUAGGAUAUGCUGUAUAGCCUCCGUCUGCUUCUUCACCGCCGAGAACUGCGACGGUGUCGCCGAACAGGCCAACCUGGGAAAUGGGGGCGUCAAGGAACCGUGCCUUGUCAGCCUCUCUCAUCUCGACCAGGUUGAGCAAAAGGUGGCGCUCCUGGACCACCAAGGUGGACAUCGCCUGCAUCAAUCCCGGGUCAGAACUACCCUUGUGCAGCUCUUUUAGAGCCUUGGCUUGGGGUACCUGCAGGAGAGCCAUGGCGUGCAGGGUGGAGGCGGCUUGUCCAGCGGCACCGUAGGCCUUAGUCGCCAAGGACGACGUAAACCUACAGGCCCUGGACAGGAGCUUCGGGUGCCCACGCCAGGUGGUGGCGCUCUGCAGGCACAAGUGCACCACGAGUGCCUUAUCCACCUGGGGGAUCACCCAAGAAUUUCACACACUAUUGCACUUGUGUAUAUGGUUGUGUGACAAUAAAAGUGAUUUGAUUUUGAUUUUGAUUUGAGUGUCCAUUGAGAAGGUCUGUGAUGAGAGAACACUCUUAAAAGGAAAACCAGUACAAUAUAUCUCAUUUCAACUCCUGUUUAAUUGCAGUUAUGUUCUGAGUCGGACAGAGAUUUGAGUUUAAGUGCUAAAAAAAAUGUCAAAUGAAAUUGCAAAAAUACAAAAUAUGUAUAAAACAUGACAAAAGAUUACAAACAGUAAAGACUCUAUAAAAUUUAUCAGAAUUUGUAAUACAAUGAAAAUGUGCCCAGAAUGUCUACUGUUGUUCAUACUCGAAUGACACAAAGUUGCAAACUAUAUUUGCAAGUGAUAGUGUGUAAAACAAAAUGUUUAUGAAAAUAAAAAAUGUAUUUCUUUUUACAUUCA